AUGCCCGCUCCGACCAACACCCUCCUGAUUGAGGGUUCGUUCUCUGAGCUCGCCGAGGAGUUCGCCCAGUACAUCGACACUCUCCGCAAGGAAGAGACCCUCCAGUCCGAGAUCGCCCCGCUCCUCCAGCCGAUCCGCCAGCAGGAACAAUCUGAGGGCGAGCCCGACUUGAAGCAGCGCGAUGAGGUUCUGAAGAAGCUCGUGGGGGCUGCGACCGCGUUGAACGGUGCCCCCGAGAAGGAGAUCACCCCCUCUUACAACCUCCUCGUCCACCUCAUCCACCAGUCCUCUGACGUGGACGUUUUCCUUCCUCGCAUUUGCACUUACCUCGCUAAGCCCAUCACUACCUCGCCCCAAUUCGGCCCUACUUUGGCCAUCUCAAUUCUCACCACCAUCUUCAACACUUUGUCCGCCACCGACUCCAGCCGGUACCACGUUCUCCUGGCCAUUGUCGCCGUCAUCCGCCAGUCUGGAUCCGGAUACGCCUUCGAGGCAUUGAAGCCCCAGUUGGCUACGCAGCUGCCCACAUGGUUGUCUGCGUGGGAGUUGGACGAUGAGGAGGCCCAGAAGUUGCACUUGGCCAUCGCCGAUGCGGCCACCGCGGCCGGUGAUGACGACCUCGCCCAGUCGCACGUCAUCCAGGCUCUCCAGACCAUCCCCGCGGCCGAUUCCACUAAGCCCGCCGCUCGCGACCUGGCCGUCCGCGCUCUCGCAUCUGCUCUGCGCCGCCCCGCCGUCUUCGAUUUCACUCCUCUGACUGCCUCCGACGCUGUCCAGUCGCUUCGCUCCAGCGACAGCUCUCUCUUUGAGCUCUUGGAGAUCUUCACCUCCGACACCCUUGACACCUACGAGGAUUUCGUGAGCGCCAACCCUCUCGCUUCUAUCUCCGGUGGUGUUCUUGCCGAGGCCGCCGAUGCCCUGCAGACCAAGAUGCGUCUUUUGACCCUCACCUCCCUGGCUGCUUCCACUCCCUCGCGCUCCCUCCCAUACGCCGCCAUCGCCUCCGCUCUGCGUGUCCCCGCCUCCGACGUGGAGAUGUGGGUCAUUGACACCAUCCGCGCCGGUCUGGUCGAGGGCAGGCUCUCACAGUUGCGCUCCGAGUUCCUUGUCCACCGCGCCACCUACCGUGUCUUCGGCGAGAAGCAGUGGGCCGAGGUUCAGGGCCGCCUGAUGGUCUGGCGCCGCUCUCUCGAGAGUGUCCUGACCGUGAUCCGCUCCGAGCGUGAGCGUUUCGCUCGUGAGGGCAUUCAGGCCGCUGAGGAGCCCAAGAACGGCGACAAGGCGCGCUCUGGAGGUCCCAGACGCCCUCAGGCCUCGCAACCCCGCGAGGUUGAUGCUGUCGGCGAGUAA